CCGCCACCACCGCCGCCACCGCCACCGCCACCGCCGCGAGCACCGCGCGUCUCCGGCUCCACGCGCCGCCAGCGUCCGGCCCUCUGCGCCCCGUCGCCAGCCCAGCCGCCAGCCCGCGGAGCCCCGGGCCGCCGCCACCACGCCGCGCGCCGUACUCCGCGUCAAGAAUGGGGCGGCCAAGCUGCCCAAGCCGCCCGCCGCCGCCGCGGCCGAGGCUCCUGGCGCGGGCGCGGGCAUGGAGCGCUCGCAGAGCCGCCUCAGCCUGUCCGCCUCCUUCGAGGCGCUCGCCAUCUACUUCCCGUGCAUGAACUCCUUCGACGAUGAGGACGCAGCAGACAGCCGGAGGCUGAAGGGUGCCAUUCAGAGGAGCACAGAGACAGGACUGGCCGUGGAGAUGCCCAGCCGGACACUGCGCCAAGCCAGCCAUGAGUCCAUCGAGGACAGCAUGAACAGCUAUGGCUCGGAGGGCAAUCUUAACUAUGGAGGUGUUUGCCUGGCUUCAGAUGCCCAGUUCAGUGACUUCUUGGGGAGCAUGGGACCAGCACAGUUUGUGGGCCGCCAGACCCUGGCUACCACACCCAUGGGGGAUGUGGAGAUUGGCUUGCAAGAACGGAAUGGCCAGCUGGAGGUGGACAUCAUCCAGGCCCGGGGACUGACUGCCAAGCCAGGCUCCAAGACACUGCCAGCUGCCUAUAUCAAGGCCUAUCUGCUGGAGAACGGUGUCUGCAUUGCCAAGAAGAAGACCAAAGUGGCCCGCAAGUCACUGGACCCGCUGUACAACCAGGUGCUGCUGUUUCCUGAGAGUCCCCAGGGCAAAGUCCUGCAGGUGAUUGUGUGGGGGAACUACGGGAGGAUGGAGCGGAAGCAGUUCAUGGGUGUGGCCCGAGUGCUGCUGGAGGAGCUGGACUUGACCACCCUGGCUGUGGGCUGGUACAAGCUCUUCCCCACCUCCUCCAUGGUGGACCCAGCCACAGGUCCUCUGCUCCGGCAGGCAUCCCAGCUGUCCCUUGAGAGCACCGUGGGGCCCUGUGGCGAGCGAUCUUAAUGCCAGGAAUGGGGAGGGGCUCCCCGAGAUGGCCUGGAGACCACCCAGCCCUGACCUGGGACCCCAGGCCCAGGGCCACAUUGGACAUUGGAGGAUGGGGUGCUUCCCCACAGUGGGGAAGCAGAAUGGGGAGACCUGCCCCCCUUGGGCCCCUCCUCACUCCUUCACCUCCUACCCCUGAGACCUUCCCUCUCCCAGUGGGUUGGCUACACUUUUGACUUGGCCGGUUUUGACCUGGUGGAUGCGGCUACAGUCAGAGAAGGACCGAGGUGGCGGAGCAAACUACUCUCCCGCCCCCGCCCCCACCCCACCUAUCACCCCUUUUGCCUCCUUGGAAGCUCGCUGCCCAGAGCCAAGUCCAGAACCAAGCCGGCCAUCUCCAUGGUGCCAAUUACCAGCAAGUGUCUUUCCUGCGGCACCGGGUUCAGGCAGCUACUCUUGCCCCAGAGCUGACGGGGCAGUUUGCAAGGAUCCGGAGCCAGCUCCCGGGGGGCCAGAGCUCCCCACUUGAAGGGGAGUGUGGGUCUCCCUCUGCCUGCCCGUGGAAGGAGCUUUGCCGCAGCCUGUCUGAGUCCAUCCAUCCAUCCCUCCUGCCUGCCCCUCUGCUGUAAGCUCUAGGAAUUGGGGGCCAGCAGAGAUCUGAGGAAAGGAGGAGGUGCCUGAGGCCUGGCACAGAUCCCCAGGGGCCCUUGCUCCCUGGGAUUGCAUCAAGCUGGUCUGGAGCUCUUGGUGGACUGGAAAGGACAUAGUCAUCUGUGAGAUGGUGGAGGACUGUGGGGACCUGAGUUUCCAGAGUCCUGCGCACAGGGCUCUCUCGUAUGCAGGGGUAGUGGGAGCCGAGCUUUGAAGAAAGCUGGAUUAAGUUUAAUGGCACCAAGGUAAGGGUUUCCCAGACAGGAGAACCCCUCCUUGUUGGAUGAGAUCAAAGGUCAUCUUGUUUCCUUCUGCCUCUGGUCUAGGGUCUUGGGGAGGCAUUAGAACCCCUCCCAUUUUAGUCUUUUUAAAUAAACCAUUCUGUAUGAAGGGCAGAAGCCACUGCCCCGGCCUCAUCGCCACCCACGGCUCCAGGAGGUCCAGCGGGAGGGAUGCAGAGCUAGGCGCUUAAGAAUUUGAGGCUCCGAUGAGGCCUGGGUAGUUGCCUUCCUGUGGCCCUCCCGAGGGCCUGCAGGAGCCCUUUUGCAUGCUGAGGGAGGACCCAGUCCGGUCCCUGUAGAAGCACAUUUCUAUCACUCUCCCGGGAGCCGCCCAGCAGCUCCUCCUCACCUCGCCUCUGCUGUGUAGGGUGUAGUCCGGGUUAGCUGGGUAGUUAGUGUUCACCCGAGGCCUGCUCUUAGCUCAGAUGUAGACUUUUUUCAAGCCCCAGGCUGGGGGGUAGAGGGGAGACCCCAGUUACAUUCCAGAAGAUUGAAGCCUCUCUCUCUAGCCGGGGCUGGGUGGGCUGCCUGGCUCCUCAAAGACCAGCCCUCCCACCUUCUCCUCCCUGCCUUCCUCUCUCCUCCCGUACAGGGUUGUAGCCCUAACUGUCCAUUAUACUCGGCAUUCGAGGGAAAUACCCUUGGUAUUGACUUUCUUUAGGAUGCACACCUGAGGAUUGCUGGGCCUUGUAGAGGGGCCUGGACUCCAUUAGAGGGUGCCAUUUUCCACUGAGGAUGCCAGGGCUCUGUUGAAUCCCACCUUGUUCCUGGUUCCUCUGCCAGGGAUUCCUACCCCUUGGAAAUUCUCCCCAUUCCCUGCCUGGCUAAGCUCUGAGCGCCCUUAGGGUUCUGGUCCAGUUUAUCACGUCCAUAUGGAGCUGUUGACACUGCACAGGGAGAGAAGGGGCUGGACACAGGCCCCUCUUCUGCAAUUGGUCUUCAGGGUGUCCUUGGGACCGCGGAGGGGCAGGCCCUCGGGACAAGGGAGCAGGGCUCUGGAUGGGCUCCCAUUUGAGGCCCACAGUUAGCCAUCACCCCAUUUUUUUCAACCAGUGUGAUAUCUCUGCAGUUAGGUUAUUACUCACUGUUUGGAAUAUUUUGAGCCAGGAGAGCAUCUUCUCUCUCCAGCUGUCACUGCUGUGGUUGUUCAAGAUGGGACAGAGCCUGGCUGUCAGAACCAGAGGAGGAAAGGCUCAGCUCUGGUUUGUCUGAGAGAGAGAGAGAGAGAGAGAGAGAGAGAGAGAGAGAGAGAGAGAGAGAGAGAGAGAGAGAGAGAGAACGCACAGGAGCACAAGCCCCAAAGCAAUAACAACACCCGGGGCGGUCAGUGAGGCCCCCCCAGGGAUUUUCUUGUUUGUUCCGUGACAUCCCACUCACCUCCUGGAGGGGUGGAGUGGGGGGCUGGAGCCCCUAUUUCUUUGUGUCAUUGUAAGCGUGUGCCCCACUCCCAAGGGACUGUGACCACUGGGUGUGGAGACCAUAUCCGUCUUCACCGAGGACUGGACGGGCUUUGGGGAGGGAGAGGGAUCUUCAUCCUUAGCUUUAGGGAUUAUCCAGCCCAGCCUGUCCCCACCGCUGUCUGACCCUGGUCAACUCGAAUCUACCGCCUGAAGAGGAGUAAGAGGGUGGAGUUGGGGGGCCUCUCUGGUGCUGGGUCUCUAGGGGUGUUUCUUUAUUUCUCUGAACACAGGCCACGCAUAGGACAGCCCUGUAAAGGGCCAUCUCCAUUUUCCUUUCCCAGAAUGCCUCUGCAUUCUGAAGGGCCUGUGGAUCUUUAGUCCAUUUGCAUUUUGCAAAAAAAAA